AUGUUGGAGAAGAUCGGAUUACCGGCGAAGCCUUCUCUGAGAGGAAAUAGUUGGGUCGUUGAUGCUUCUCAUUGUCAAGGAUGUUCUUCUCAAUUCACUUUCAUCAAUCGAAAGCACCAUUGCCGGAGAUGUGGGGGAUUGUUCUGUGGUAGCUGCACACAGCAGAGAAUGUCUCUACGUGGACAAGGAGACUCACCUGUGCGUAUAUGUGAUCCAUGUAAAAAACUUGAAGAAGCUGCUCGCUUUGAGCUGCGUCAUGGCCACAAAACUAGACCUACAAAAGCAGGUAGCUCUAAAAGGACAGUAAAGAAUGAGGAUGAUGUUCUGAGUGAGAUUCUGGGAUCAUCUGAUGUUGAUGUGUCUUCUUCAUCGGAAUCAGUGGCAAGCAGUAGUAGUAACAAAGAUAUGGAGUUAGAUGCUAGUCCUGAAGAGAUGCGAAAACAAGCAGUAGAAGAGAAGAAUAAGUACAGAGUUCUUAAAGGAGAAGGGAAGUCUGAAGAAGCGUUAAAAGCGUUUAAGAGAGGGAAAGAACUUGAGAGACAAGCAGACGCUCUAGAGAUAUCGUUAAGAAAGAACCGGAAAAGGGCAUUGUCGAUGCAAAGUGUUGCUGAGACGCAGAACAAGGCUGCUACGAAAGAAUCUAGCAAGUCGCAAAAGCCUCCGCGGCAAGGAGGAGGUAAAGGAAAUGAUGAUUUGGCAGCUGAGCUGAGGGAUCUCGGGUGGUCUGACGAUGAGGAUAAAAAACCUGCAAAUGUUAGUUUGGACGGCGAGUUUUCGUCUCUUCUCCGUGAGAUUCCUCCAAGGACUAACCCAAAGAAGAGUGGGGGAAUUGACAAGAGUCAGGUUAUUGCCCUUAAGAGAAAUGCUCUUGCGCUAAAACGUGAAGGGAAGCUUGUAGAAGCUAAAGAGGAACUGAAAAAGGCUAAAGUUUUGGAAAGGGAGCUCGAAGAGCAGGAGCUUUUGGGUGGGGCUGAUGAAUCAGAUGAUGAGAUAUCUGCGCUUAUUAACAGUAUGGAUGAUGACAAAGAAGAUGAUCUGUUAGCUCAAUACGAGGGAAGUCAUCAUGAUAUUGAUUUCAGUAACCUUGUGGGAACUGUAGAUGAUAUCGGAGUUCAUGGUGAUUUUGAUGUCACAGAUGAAGAUAUGGAGGAUCCAGCGAUCGCUGCUGCGUUAAAAUCUCUUGGCUGGUCUGAGGAUCCUGGACACCGUGAAAAUGUCCGUCCUCAACCAUCUCCUAACAACAGAGAAGAACGUUUAGCUGAAAUUCAGAAAUUGAAAAGAGAGGCUCUUACUCUAAAACGAGCUGGAAAUGCUGCAGAAGCCAUGGCUACGCUGAAGAAGGCGAAAUUACUUGAGAGGGAAAUAGAGGCUGCUGAUACGUCCUCUCAAACUGUUGAUACGACUAUGGAAGAGCGUGUCGCGAGCUUGAAAGUUCCUCCCAGAAGCAGGCUAGCGAUUCAGAGAGAACUUCUUGCUGUGAAAAAGAAAGCGCUUACUUUGAAAAGGGAAGGGAAGUUUAACGAAGCUGAAGAAGAGUUGAAGAAAGGAGCAGUUCUCCAAAACCAGCUUGAAGAGCUGGACAACUCCUCAAAGGUAGCUGCAGCAGGAAAGGCAAGUCGUGAAAAAGGAAAACAUGGAAAUGAUCUGCCUGAUGUUUCUAUGAAUGCUCUGGAUGAUGAUGGUGAGGUAGAUGUAAAAGAUGAGGAGUUAAACGAUCCGAAUUACCUCUCCAUGCUCAAGAGCUUAGGCUGGAAUGAUGAAGACAAUAAUCCUGCAGGUUCUUCUUCAUCAACACAGCCUGAACCAGUUAGUUCUCAACCAAAACGAAGAAGAAGCAAAGCUGAAAUACAACGAGAGCUCCUAGGGCUGAAAAGAAAGGCUUUAACUUUGCGGCGGCAGGGAAAUGUUGAUGAAGCAGAGGAAGUUCAAAACCAGACAAAGCUACUGGAAGCGGAGAUGAUCGAGAUUGAAAAUUCAGGCAAGAGUUUUCAUGCUGAGAGUGAUCAGCUAAAGAAGAUAGCUACUGAUAGUGGAAACAAUGAAGGAGAUGAUAACGUUACAGAAAAUGAUAUGAAGGACCCAGCACUACUGUCGACUCUUAAGAAUCUGGGAUGGGAAGAGGAUGAAGAAAACAAGAAAGAAGAAGCUCCCGUUAGCUCUAUGUACUCUACAGGUCCAAGAACAGCAGCCAAAACGAAGGGACAAAUCCAAAGAGAACUCCUGGACUUGAAAAGGAAGGCACUUGCCUUCAAGCGUCAAGGGAAAACCGGAGAGGCUGAGGAAUUAUACAGUAAGGCUAAAGUCUUGGAAGCACAGCUAGCAGAAAUAGAAACCCCCAAGGAUGAGCCUAUGGUUGAAGCUUUUAGCGUAGACAAAGUUUCAGCUUCCGCAAGCAACCCUACAAAUUACAUGGACGUUGAUGAUUUACUAGUUGGUUUUCAAAUGGAGAACAACGCAGUCAAACCUGCUAGUGUUUCUCAUGGUGCUCAAGAUAAUUAUGACUUGUUAGGAGACUUAAUCAUCUCCCCUGCUAAAUCCAGUUCCCCUGAAAGCAGAGUUGUUUCUGAAUCAGUCCUGCCGCAACCAAAUAUGAUGGAUUUUCUAACCGGUGAGCAUUGUGAGAGGUCUCAGUUUCCUCCAGAAAUAGGAAAAGCUGAGACCAAGUCUAGUCAGGGCACUGAACAAACUGUGGCACGUGAAGAGUCAGCGCCGCCUGGUAAUGUGAAACAAGAGAUUCUGGCUUACAAGAGAAAGGCACUUGCUUUCAAGAGAGAAGGAAAAAUGAGUGAAGCCAAAGAAGCAUUGCAACAAGCAAAACUGUUGGAGAGGAGACUACAACUACAAGAAGGAGGAGAAGAUCCUUCUCCUGAAAAGCUCGGACGAGAUGAUACUGUUUCGGUUUCUGCAAUGCAUAGAGAGAAAGAGAAUAGUCCUUCUUCAAGUUCAGCUCCAAAGGCGAUGUCUAGCCGUGACCGGUUCAAGAUUCAGCAAGAGUCGCUGAGCCACAAACGUCAAGCGAUGAAGCUUCGUAGGGAAGGUAAAAUGGAAGAAGCUGAAGCUGAGUUUGAAAUCGCCAAAACUCUUGAAGCUCAGUUAGAAGAUUCAUCAACAUCUAAACCAGACCAAGCGGGGGACGAUGUAGCAGUUGAAGAUUUUCUCGAUCCUCAACUCUUAUCUGCCCUCAAAGCCAUCGGAAUAGACAAUUCCAUGAAUCCAUCAGUGACUACAACACCACAAGCUGCUGUGAAACCGAAUCCAGCAAAGGAGAGUAGUGACAAUAAUAGUCAAGAGAGGAGUCAAUUAGAGGAACGGAUCAAAGCAGAGAAGAUAAAAGCUGUGACACUGAAACGUGCAGGGAAGCAAGCAGAGGCAUUAGAUGCUCUUCGAAGGGCAAAACUCUAUGAAAAGAAACUAAACGCUCUUGCUUCGAACUGA